AUGGGUGGCCGUACAUAUUCAGCCCCAUCUGAGGGCCUAAGCAAGGUGGAUUCAAAUCGCAGGCAAGGUUCUGGGUCUAAAUUGGAUCAGACAUUGGUGGAGGAAGAGGAAAUUCCGAGCAGCGAAACACCCAGGCGGUCUCGGUCAAGAAAUUCUAGAGAGUCGGAUUCCUCCAGGGCCAACCUACCGGAAGUGACGAUCGCCAUCGUAGGCGGAGAUAAUGCCGGCAAGACGAGCUUUAUUAAAUGGGCAUUGGACAUGAAGAGUAACCCCUCUUCCUACUCGACCAAAAAGAAGAUGUCCCUAGAUGGAGCUGUCUAUAUUGUGCGACUACUGGAAAUUGAUCUGAAACGAGUCCAGUUCGACGAGAAGCAGAAUAUCAUCUGGCCACCUUUGGGAAAGGAUGCUUCUUCUCCCAAUGUGGAUGGUGUGUUGGUGCUGCAUGAUGCAACCCAGCCGGACAAGCUGGCGGAAUCAACCGAACUCAUAGAGGAUGGUGAGCUUGGUGCUAUUCAUGACCGACACGAGAUCUACCGUACUUCGCCCGAAUCGCCCCGAUCCCAACAAAUGUGCAUUGCUCUUGUUUUGCGUGCUGUAAUUUCCACUCGAGCAGACCUCGCACCGUCUGACACCUCAACUAAUUCUCCUCCCGCCCCUCCCCCGCCUCGGACGACCACCAAGUCUUUUCAACCUACCCCACCCCAUGAUUGGCAUCAUUCUCGAGCCAAUUCAGAAAUCCCUACCGCCAUUUUAACCGGAGCCGCUGGCGGCUCGAUAACGUCGGUUUUGGAGCGGUCCGUCGAGGGGAACGGGGUUUACCGACCGCCCACCGAUCAAGCUCCGCCUUCCAAUCUGGCGCAACAGCAUGCUUCCAGUUCGUCUCGAAAUGCUCGAAGUAAUUCACAACCGGUGCGACCGCAAACUCCUUCCGGGACGCGGAUGAAUACCCGUCGACCGUCUGAACAAAUAGAGACCUCUCCAAGUAAGGAGCAACAAAGCUUUUCGCAACGUAUGGAAUCCGCCUGGCGAACCAGUGGAGGCACGGACGGCUUUCAUAGCUUUUUAAAUAUGGAGGACGAAGCGGAGUCGGCUCCCCAGAGCCCUACCAGUGUUAUUCGGCCCAAGCCAAGUAGCGAGAGCAGCUCCAGCGCGGACGCUGGGUUCUCGUUAGAUGACCUGAUCGACCGCCUUGUUGCUUUACCUAUGUCCAAGCAGGACCAAAAAUUUGCAGUCAUUUUCCUCUGCCUUUAUCGAAAAUUCGCCGCCCCUGCCACUCUCCUCAAUGCCCUGAUUAGUCGGUUCGAGAAAAACGAAACAAGCAACGCAGAUCAGCUUGCUCGCAUGGCAGACCAGCUGCGAUUAUUAAAUGUCAUCGCUCAAUGGGCCUCUGAUUACCCCGGAGAUUUCGCUCACCCCAAAACACGAAAACGGGUCCAUGAUUUCGUCACCACCCUCGAGAAAAGCCACUUUUACAUGUUCGCCGCCAAAGAGAUCGGCUCAUACCUUGACACAAAUGCGGAAGAUGACGAUAUUGGCUGGGCUUUCAGAGACGGCGAUGUAGAUGACUCAAGUCUUACAGAGACAUUCUUCGACAAUUCUGGCCGAAGCUCCCCGGUGCCAUUCCUAAACAGUACAUAUGAUGACGAAGAAGAAGAAGAGGAAGAAGAUCCCAUCUACAGCAUGAGCGCAUUAGACCUCAGCGAUGGACCACACGACUCAACAUCUCGCCUUUCAGGAACCCUGUCGAUCUCAUCCAAUGCCGACAAACCCUCUACUACACUUAACCAAUCCUUCACCGUCUUGACUUUAGAAGCAGCACAGAAAGAAGCUCUUCGAAUUGAGCUACACCCUAGGAAUCCCCUUAGCAAGAUCCAAUGGCGAUUCUUCAUGGAAACUCCAGAAGAAGACUUUGCGCGGCAACUUACCCGUCUCGAUUGGGUCAUGUAUAACUCCUUCCGACCACGAGAUCUCGUACGCCAUGUGAGCAUUUCAGGCGUGGAUAAGGAUAAAAUUAAAAGCCUGCACAACGUCAACCGAAUGAUCAAGCAGUUCAAUCACCUUGCCUUCUUUGUGGCAAGCAUGAUCCUUCUCCGUGAUAAGCCCAAACACCGAGCCAGAUGUCUCGAAAAGUUCAUGAUGAUCGCAAUAAAACUCCGCCGUCACAAUAACUACAAUGCCCUCGGUGCUUUCAUCGCCGCCAUCAACGGUACACCUGUGCAUAGGUUGACCCAAACCCGAGAAUUGAUCCCUGUCCAAACGCAGAAGGAGUUCAUGCGACUUGUGAUUAUCAUGAGUACUCAGCGCAGUCACUCUUCUUACCGUUUGGCCUGGGAAAACUCUUUCUCCGAAAGAAUUCCUUUCCUCCCGUUGCAUCGCCGCGAUCUGGUCUCCGCAGAAGAGGGAAACAAGACCUUUAUCGGGGAAAACAAAUCUCGCAUCAACUGGAAGAAGUUCGAGGUUAUGGGUGAGGUAGUUCUUGGUAUCCAACGAAGCCAAAAGACGCCGCAUCCUCAAGCCCAGAAAUCCGAGGACGUGGAACGACUUAUUCUAGACUGCAAGCUCUCCGGCGACGAAGAAGACCUGUACGCCCGCAGUCUACAAGUUGAGCCGUCCACAAGUGGCGAGCCCGUCCGAAAGAAGUUCGGCUGGCUGCGUGCUUAA